CUGGAAUUUGAAGGGGCUAUUCUGUGAUCUGUGCUCCUAGCAAGUGACUGAGAACAUUAUAGACUGGAUUGUUCGCUGAGUUGAGAGACUGAGUUGUAAUUGAGUGAAACAUAGACAACGAAAUCUUGAAGAAUUGCACUUUUAUUUUAGUGACUGUACAUAUGCCUUGUUUCCUGGGUCCGCGGGAAGCAUGAGUCUGUUGGGACUUGGGACAAGAAGAAAACAAGACUUCUUCACAAGGAAAACCAGACACUAACAAAAAGAACCCCAAGGUCUGAAGAGAGAGAGAACACAACCAUGGCAGACAGAGGACCUGGGGACCCGCCGAAGGACUCUCAAAAGGAUUUGGAAAAUGACCCUUCAAUAAAUUCUCAGGCACAGGAGACCACAGUCACGGCAAGUACCACCAAAGAAGCUCAGAUCCUGAGACCUGCCUCUGGUCUCAACAAGGACCACCAAGAAGUAGAAACAAUAGGUUCAGGAAGUGCAGAUACAAGUAAUCAAUCCGAAAGUCCAGAUGAAGCAAGUUAUGGGAACUAUCCAAAGGACAAAACAGAACUCAAGACCAACCAGAGUUUGCAGGAUGGCAAACUAGGGCAUCAACUCUCCUCAAAAAGUCUGAGUAAAGAAUCCUUGCAUCUUGAAAGUGUGGGUGAAGAAUCUUUGCAUCCUGAAAGUGUAGGGGAAAAAUCCUUGCAUCCUGAAAGUGUAGGGGAAAAAUCCUUGCAUCCUGAAAGUGUAGGUGAAGAAUCCUUGCAUCCUGAAAGUGGGGGUGAAGAAUCCUUGCAUCCAGAACCCAGCUGUUGUACAAGUGAAGAGGUAGGAAGAGCAGAUGCACAAUUAGGGAGCAGCUCUGUAGACCUCCCUGAGCAAGCAAGCCACAGACCUGAAGCUUCACAGGAGCCACUUGCCGUAGAUCCCCAGGGUGUCCAGGGUCCUGAUCAUUCCAGUGCAGGGCCGGAGAGCCAGGGUACACGGCGGAGGCGACUGGUGGAACCAGAAGCUGAAAGUCAUCAACAGGAGAUACAAACAUUAGAAGAAAAUAAAGAGGAUGCACAGGACGCCAUAAGAAAGAGUAAUAAAAAGGAUUUUUGGAGCUAUGGUCCCUUCUUUCUUGUCUUCCUGGUGGCUCUUGUUUUGCUAAGCUCCGCUCAAAGCUACUAUUCCUCUCCAGCACAGCAAGUGCCCCCAAAUCCAGCGUUGGAAGCCUUCCUGGCUCAGUUCAGCCAGCUGCCGGACACGUUUCCGGGCCAGAGCGCUUUUCUGUGGCAGAGAGGACGCAAGUUCCUCCAGAAGCACCUCAACGCUUCACACCCCACCGAGCCGGCCACCAUCAUCUUCACGGCAGCUCGGGAGGGAAGAGAGACCCUGCGGUGCCUCAGCCACCGCGUGGCGGACGCCUACACCUCUUCCCAGAAAGUCUCUGCCAUUCAGAUCGACGGGGCGGGAAGAGCCUUGCAGGACAGUGACACCGUCAAGCUACUGGUGGACAUGGAACUGAGCUCCGGGUUCGAGGAUGGCAGGAAGGCCGCCGUGGUGCACCGCUUCGAGUCCCUCCCUGCAGGCUCCACCUUGAUCUUCUACAAGUACUGCGACCACGAGAACGCGGCCUUCAAGGACGUGGCCCUCGUCCUGACCGUCCUCCUCGAGGAGGACACGCUGGCCGCCAGUGUGGGCCCCAGGGAAACGGAAGAGAAAGUGCGGGAUUUGCUCUGGGCCCGGUUCACCAACGCGAACACUCCCAGCUCCUUCAACCACAUGGACUCGGACAAGCUGAGCGGGCUGUGGAGCCGCAUCUCGCACCUGGUGCUGCCCGUCCAGCCCGUGAGGGCCAUCGAGGAGCAGGGCUGCCGGCUCUGAGCCACGCGGCCAGGCGGUGGAAGUGAGGGGUUUAUUAAAGGCCUGCCCUUCUGUGGAGGGAAUGUGAGGAAAUCGCCCGAAAAGUACAAGUGGGCUUAUUUCAGGAAAAAAUCGUUUAUUUUUUACUUUUGGUAAAAUUUUUCUAAUCUAAGCUUGACAAAGCUAAAAGCUGACCUGACUUUUUUUUUUCUUUGCUUUUCAAGCAAAUCAGGUUUGAAAUAGAUAACAGAUAGGGUAUAUAUAUAACAGGAUUUUUUUUUUAAAUCUAAAAAUAUAGCAGCAGAAUUAUUGCACAGGAAAAUAAUUUUCUCAGAGUAACUACAGAGUGAUUUUUGUUUUCUUGAGACUCUAAAAACCCUUUAGAAUCGUGUUUGGACUAAAGCAAUUACAGUUAUAAAGCAAGGAUAAUUUAAACAAAUUUCUAUCAUGUUAAAGAUUUAAAAAACUUACUUUAAUAGCUUUAUUGUGGAAUUACAUUUUACAGUAAUUUGCACUGUUGAAUAGUAUGAAAAAAGGAAAUUUGUAUUCAAAUAUCUAAUUACUAUAUGUAAGGCACUGUGUUUUUUUUUCUGUUAGUGAGCUGAGGUAAAAGCAGUUAUACUCAAGAAAUAGUCUUAAAAAUUGGAAACAAUGGGGAAUUGGUUAUAAUUAUUGGGAAUGAAGAAAUUCUAAUUGGCUGUAUCGUUACUUCAGCUUUUAAAAAUUAUUUAGAGCAAUGAUUUUACACUGUGUCUACUCCCCUUCUCCCCCCCCCCACCCCCCAGUAUUAGAGCAGUUCUGUUUUGACUUUUUCAUUGGGAUUCUUAAUAAGAUUUAAUUGGAACCGAGAGUUCUGCUGAUAAUGAAGUUUGAAAACCACAAUUAAGGAACACAUCUUAGAAGAUAGUAAAUGCAUAGAAAAGAAAAAAAGAAUGUAUUAAAAUUCCUGAGUACGAAGAGGACAAAAUAUAGCUAUCUUGUACAGACAUGCUUUUUAUGAAAGUUAAAGACCUAUCAAUGAACAGUUGACUGUUUAAAGUAACAUUUACUAGCAUAUUUCUGAUGCUUUUGUUAAUUUCUAUUAGUCAUCAUUUCUGUCUCCCCUGAAUGGAAUUUUACAAUUGUCUCCAGUAUGAGUGUCCUUUAUGGUCAUAACUUGACCAUACUGCUUACUUGUUAAGCAAUGAUAGAACAUUCUAUACUGCACCUCAUUUCUUUAUCUGCUAGUUAGAAGUGCCAUUAGGUUAACAGUUAGAGAAAUGGAAGAGGUGUGGAUGUAGUGAGAGGAAGCAACAUGGUAGUUUCUAAGAGGUUCUAAUGGUCAAUGUUAAUUCUUGGCCGUGUUCUGUGAUUGUAGAAAGAUUGAGACAGUAUUUAUGGAGACGGGAGUUUUUUGUUUUGCAUUUCAGCUCUGAAAGCAGAACUCUAGUAAAUGGCUUUGACCUCAGGAAGGGUGUCCCAUGACACAGCAGUCCUAUCCCAGGUUCCUGGUCUAUUUCAACUACUGGAAUGUUUCAACCAGGAUUUGGCCUCUCUGUUGCUAUGAGAGCAGAGAAGUCAUGGGAUUAAAGUUUGGAAGGAGUUUGGAAACUGUAGGAAGAUGUAAGUAUGUUUCUUAAUACUUAAAAAUCAAUCAUAAAGACAUGGGGGGAGAAUGUAUUUGAAAAUAUCUGUCACAGGAAACAUGGAUAAAUCUAUUCUAACCAAGGCCUACCUGUGCUCAGUUGAGGUAGAGGCAUACUAGUACCUAAAGGAACUAUUUUCAUUUGGGACUUCAUGAGGGAAUCUUCCAAUAGAGUUGAGGCAAGACCUGCCUGAAUAAAAAGUUAAAGCAAAGUGAUUAUAAUAUCUAUCCAAUAUACACUCAGAGGAAAGUGAAGAGAGGUCUAUAUGCCAUAUUCACAUUUUUUUCUGUAUUUCUAGAGCUCAGAUGCGAGCAUUACAGCCCAUAAACCAGUGGUGCCUUGUAGAACUGUGACGCUGGCCAGCUGACCUGGCUCCCUCAGGUCUAUAAAGAACCAGUGUGAAGUGUGCAUGUCUAAUACAUCAGUGACUCAGAUCGUAGUUGAAACAAAGAUUCUUUUUUUCUGCACGCAGUUGAAUAUGGUUUUUCAUCAUUUCUUUUGGAUAUAAUUUAGAAAAGGAAAUUUCAAAGUCAUAACUUCUUUUUGCUGUUUAGCCUUUGUUAAAAAAAACCACUCUUCCAUAUAUAAGUGCAAUCAACUGAACUGUUGUCAAUUUUCUGUCUAUUCAGAAAUCAUUCUAAAAAGAAGCAGUAUAUUAACUCUGGGUCUUUGAAAAAAGUGAUUAUUUUUAAAGCAUAAAACUUUAUAUUUUUAAAUGAACAAAUAAAAUUUAUUAUCUAAUAGACUCA